AAAAGACCUUUCUUCUUCCUUUGGUUGCCUCUAGUAUCUCAUCAACAUCCAUCUUCUCUUCUCAUUCUCUCUCUCUCUCUCUCUCCUUCUUCACAUCUUUCUCUUUCUCUUCUCAACUGUUCUGCUUUAAUGGGUUUUAUCUGAGAGAAUCUGUUCUACACAAAAACAGCUCAAGAAGCCAAUUCAUUUUUGUCAGAAAAGGGCAAAUACGAUCUUUUUCAUCAUUUGAUCCAUCUCUCUACCUCAAUGGGUUCUUGUCUCAGUUCUCGUGUCCUCAAUAAGAGUAGUAGUGGUCUCGAUGAUCUUCAUCUCUCGAGCUAUAAAUCGUCGUCAUCAUCUGCGGCAGCUCAUAGGACAGAAGGAGAGAUACUUAGCUCAACGAGCGUUAAAAGCUUCAGCUUUAGUGAACUUAAACUCGCUACCAGAAACUUCAGAUCGGACUCUGUUGUUGGAGAAGGUGGCUUUGGUUGUGUCUUCAGAGGCUGGCUUGAUGAGACCACUCUCACCCCUACCAAAUCUAGCUCCGGUCUUGUAAUUGCUGUUAAGCGGCUUAACCCUGAUGGUUUUCAAGGUCACCGAGAAUGGCUGACAGAGAUCAACUACUUGGGGCAGUUAAGUCACCCCAAUUUAGUUAAAUUGAUUGGUUAUUGCGUGGAAGAUGAACAACGGCUUCUUGUGUAUGAGUUUAUGCACAAGGGUAGUCUUGAGAAUCAUCUGUUCUCAACAGGAAAUCGGGAUUUUAAGCCGCUCUCUUGGAUUCUAAGGAUUAAGGUUGCACUUGAUGCAGCUAAAGGCCUCGCCUUUCUACAUAGCGAUCCCGUCAAAGUCAUAUACCGAGACAUCAAGGCGUCUAACAUCUUACUUGACUCGGACUUCAAUGCAAAGCUUUCGGACUUUGGAUUAGCUAGGGACGGUCCAAUGGGAGAAACAAGCUAUGUUAGUACAAGGGUCAUGGGCACAUUUGGCUACGCCGCGCCAGAGUAUGUCUCAACAGGUCACUUGAAUGCUAGAAGUGACGUAUACAGUUUUGGGGUUGUUCUUCUGGAGCUACUCUGUGGAAGACAAGCACUGGACCAUACCCGCCCAGCCAAGGAGCAAAACCUUGUGGAUUGGGCUAGACCGUACCUCACAAGCAGGAGAAAGGUUCUACUAAUUGUGGACACUCGGCUUAACUCACAGUACAAACCCGAAGGUGCUGUGAGAUUGGCAAGCAUUGCUGUGCAGUGCCUCUCAUUCGAACCCAAAUCGCGCCCGACCAUGGACCAAGUUGUCCGAGCCUUGGUACAGCUGCAAGACAGCGUGGUAAAACCGGCCAACGUCGACCAGAUUAAGGAUACCAAGAAACUUGUGGGAUUGAAAGUAGAAGACAAGUACCAGAAAAACGGAUUAAACAGAAAAACUGAUGGUUUGUAGUAGGUAUAGAAUAAAUGUGGUUACUGGUUAGGUCUCAUGUCUCCUUUUGACUCCUUUGUUUAUGUGUUGUAAUAUUGUCGUGUGAAGUGAUUUUAUUUCACUGGUUAUAGUUUUGCUCCUGUUGACUUGGAGAUAAUCUAUUGUUUUCUUUUGUUCUGAUAGAUCAAAUAUUUUGGUGAUGUAUUCCAAAACCA